CAUGCUGACUUACAAUUGAACGGUAAAAUAUUGUAACAGGAAUAGCUUGCAAAGCUUUCAUGCAUUUUUCUACAGAUGUGUCAGAAAAUCUGAAAUUCGCAGCUGCGUAUUCCAGUAACGCAGAUGUCAAAUUUACCUAAAAAACGAGCGAUAGUUUAACAAAAGCAAUUUAAUCUUCUUUUGGUUUUCGAACCGCAAAGGUUUCAACCGAAAGUUUGCUGAUUGUGUAAUUAUAAGUUCAACGAAAAUUGCAAGAAGACGCCGCGGUUAGCGAACCGGAUUUGACUUCAGCGAUUAUGACAAACACUUCUACGACUGCCCUGUCCAGUCACACCAAUGACCCCUGCAAGGCCAAUGCUCGCGUGUUCAUCGGCAAUCUGCCAACUGACAAGGUGGACAAAGCCACGCUGCUCACUCUCUUUAACAAGUACGGCGAAAUCACAGCUGUGUCUCUGCACAAGGGCUUCGCUUUCGUCCAAUACACUUGUGAGGCAGACGCGAGAGAUGCAGUGAACAGUGAGCACGGCCAACAGGUCUGCGGAAGCUACAUUGAUUGCAAAGUAGCCAGUGAAGGCAGAAGUGGAGGCUUUUCUGGCUCCAGUGGCAGUUUUGUUAGUGCAGUGCAGAGUGCACCCAAGAACAGACAGAGUGCUCUCUCUAGAUUCAGCCAGCCACUCAGCAGACCUGACUCGCCGCCUUCCCGAUUUCACCAAGACCAUUCAGCAUACCCCCCACCUGUCCCUAAGUCUACUUCGGCAUACUCCUCGGAGAGCUCUGAGUCGUGGGGUCGAGGAGGAACAGGGAGUGUGCCGUCUUCCUCGGUAGCCUACGGAACUCCUUCUUCACGCGAGGCUCCCAUGUCCAAAUACCAAGCAGAAAUUCAAAAGGAGAGACCUUUUGACUGUCUUGUCAUUAGCAGUGACAAAUCUCUACGUGAUUUUGUGGACUACAUAAUCGGCUACCUCAAAUCCACAGCGGGGCUGUCUUGUCACGUGAUCACUUUACCCACCCCCAUGUCUCAUUGCCCAGCCUAUCCCACAGUUGGGACAGGAAGCAUGGCUGGUCCUCAUCUGCCGCCGGGAUCGAGUGUGGACCAUUGGGAGGCCAGACGGCUCGUGGGGGAUGUUGCGAGGUUGGGUUGUGUGCCGGUGAGUGUGGGUCCGGUGACGUACACAAACAGUGUUCAGAAGUCUCUCUCUGUCAACCUUCACUAUGCAACAACUGUAGAAGAACACCGCCACAUGCCUUUGCAGGAAGCAUUCCACUUAAUCAUAACCUCAUGUGUCCAGUUCUCUCUCCAGCAACGCUCCCAGCUGGUGUCGCCCAGUGCCCUGGUCGCCUACCCGGCCACCGCACUGUCACCGCACCAAUACAAACAGGCUAUCAGCAAGUCCAAAGGAAAAAGACGCCUAACUCGCGCCAAAGACGAACAGACUGACUCUACGAGUGACAAACGAGGAGCUGGAAGUAUUAGUCGAUAUAAGCGCCACUACAGAGACCGAGAGAAUGAUUCGGACUCUCCAUCGGCCGCUGAACUGCUCGGAAGCGAUGAAAAUGGGGGAUCGGAACACGACGGCAUCGCUCGGAAGAUCAAAGACAAACUCGCUCCCCCAACAUGCAAGCGACCGGCUAAACUGCACGAGGUUAUCCAGUACAUUCUGCAGGCUGUGGAGAAAACAGGGGCGGAGCCAGAAGUGAGUUUGGAGGAAAUAGACCAAGCACUCUACACACUCCAACAGGCCAGGGCGGCCAGAGACAGCACCGGUACCACCAAUAAUAACAUCAACAGCCACCACGAGAUCAGCAGCAUCAGUAGCAAUUGCCACAGUGCCAAUAAUAUGCCAUCUGCCAAUACAAUACACGUACAAGGCCAUACGACGCAGCUGUUGAAUUUAGUUGCAACGAUUCCCACCAGCAGCACAGAACUUUCGACAGUUAACGUGUCCCAACAAGGACAAUGUAUCAGUGCAUCCGGAGCAACAGCUGUCGCAGUGUCCUCCAACACCAGCUACGUGGGCAGCGCCACCGCCACAGCAGUACUGAAUGCCACCGGCACAGCGGUCGCUUAUGUAGCCACACCCGCCACUCUAGUCGCCACCUCAACCGCAGAUAUUGACAGCAGUUCGAUUGAGGGCAACGGACCAACCGCUACAGUAGUUCCCUCGGCAGCCGCCUUUCUCCACCCUCAAACAGCAACCACCUACUUGACAACGACGGGACCCCCCACACAGUGUUUCAUCCACGAUAGCACCACUGGAAUACAGUACCACGCGCAACCAGCCAAUCCACAGCCACAUGCCCAUUUGCAAAAUAACCAACACAAUGGACGGGCAUGAAUUAAAACCCGAUCAUUGAAACACUGAAAUUAGUUUUGAGCCCAAGUCGAGUAAACUCAUUUAAUUGCUGAACCCUGUUUUAAUUGAUUUGGAAUGACGUAUUAGCCACAAAUUAUCAUUGAAAACGAAGCUUUUGCCUAGUUAUGACAUAUAUUUUGAUGUGCAUUCUGUGUUGUAAAUCAUGUUGCAAUAUACUUGUUCAAAUAAAAUCUGGAAAAAAGUCAACAAAGCGAGAAAGAAAACCUUAGCAGCUUGAAAAAAGUAG